GUAAACAUAUGUAAGUCAUUCACACGAUCACUUGGCAAAUUUAAGUGAAACGUUUCCUUACACAUUGAAAGUUUAAAUCGAAUACGAUAAAGUUGACAAAUAUUUCAUCGAUGUUAGAUUCUACGACCAAGUGCGAUUUUCAACCGUUUUCUGUAAAAACUGAAAUAGGUACGACGGGAUCAAAACAAGAUAGACGUGAAAUGAAGUCCACCCAGUUGAAUGUUAGCCAUCUUUUGAAUGCAGUGGAUAGCGAGAUGACGGUGGGGAGUGAAAAGGGCGACCCGACAGAGCGCCAACUCAAAGUCAAUUUGGAGGAUAAGGAAUUAUGGGGAAAAUUCAAAGAGUUUACCAAUGAAAUGAUCGUUACCAAAAAUGGGAGGAGGAUGUUUCCGGUUUUCAAGGUCAGCAUAAGUGGCCUUGACCCUAACGCCAUGUACACGCUGUUGCUGGACUUCGUCCAGGUAGACACUCACCGCUGGAAAUACGUCAAUGGUGACUGGGUGGCAGGGGGCAAGGCUGAACCAGCCGCACCCAACUGUGUCUACAUCCACCCCGACUCUCCAAACUUCGGGGCACACUGGAUGAAGGAGACCGUGUCCUUCAGCAAGGUCAAACUGACCAACAAACUCAAUGGCGGGGGCCAGAUAAUGCUCAAUUCUUUACACAAAUAUGAGCCACGCCUGCACCUGGUAAAAGUAGGAGCCAAUUCCCAAAAAAAGCGCAUCAGUAGUUUCAGCUUCCCGGAGACUCAGUUUAUAGCCGUCACAGCCUAUCAGAACGAGGAGAUUACCGCCCUAAAAAUCAAGCACAACCCAUUCGCUAAAGCCUUCCUGGACGCAAAGGAAAGACCGGACGGCCGAGACUUGGCCGAUGAUGGGUUUGAUAGUCAGCAGAGAUCACUUUCCCACUUAGCCGGUACUUGGUACAUUCCCCCCGGGAGUCAUGCCCUAGUCCCCCCGCCAGCUCAUCAGUUUCCUAAUGCACUCAAUCUGUCGUCUCCUCACUGCGACAGACUGAGUCUGAGAAACGCCCGGGCCACGCCCUACUCUCACCCCUACCAAAGAAGAUCUCCCCCUCACGGUGGUUUUCCUCGUGAUGUCACUUCAAACAUCCCCAUGCUGAACAUUCCAGACAACUGGAUGACGCCCACGAAUCCCAGCGUCCUCCAAUCGAACACACCCACUCCUCAAUCCCAGUAUAGCAUGUGGAUGGGAAACCCUAUGGGAAAUAUCCCAACAAAUCAGAACUGUGCAAUGCCAUAUCUGCGUUCUCCCAAUCCCUAUUCGUUUAACUCAUCGAACACGUCAAUCUCAUGUGUGCCCAACGUGACAGUUUCUAACCCAGCGGUCUCGUCUUCGUUCGAUUCCUCAAAAUUCGAAUCAUGUGACAUUUCAUCCUUCCCACCAAACCGGGAUGUACUUCGAACGUCAGCGUGGAGUCCACUGACCCCUCCCCCGAUAUGAGAGCUGAUCUUGCCACUUAGUUUACUCUGUGAUACCCUUUGUACGUAUAAGUGUGCUACUACAAUCAAAAGUUCAUUGUUUUACUCAUCUUCACUUCAUCGAGAAAGACACAUCGAAUACUUGGAUGCAAGGAAUGGGGGAAUGGCGGUUGAGUCGAAGGUCAAACGCGACCUUAAACAGCGUAAUCUGGAGGUGUGAAAGAGAACAUUCAGCAUUGUUCUUUCUGGUAAUAAAUUUGUUUUACUUGUUUAUACUCUUGAAAAUAAAUUAUUUUUGUCAAUA